UUCUAUUGCCAAGUGGCGAAUCGGAGUUACUAUUAGUUUUGCAUGUGGACAUGAACUUUAAUUCUCGCAAAGAGAAACAUUUGUCAAAUGAUAAUUUUCUUGUCAUUCUAUGCGUUUCGAGGUUAAUCGGAAGAAAUUUUUCUCUUUACUCUUGGUCUUGUCUUGACGACAAUUGUACUUUCAAGUUACUACUGAGAAAGUAAAAAAAAAACUGUGUUGACGUAAAUUUUGUGGUGAUUGGGUGCAGUCACUGCUGUCUGCACUUGAAUAUAUCAGCAAGUGAUCUUUGAUGACUUUUUUGGUUCUUUUGAUAUUGUGCUGAAAAUGAGUUUCUCCGAGAAACCGGAUAGUGUUUCUAAGGAUGAAUGGGUUGCAAAACUCGAGGAAGGCUCUCAUAUACAGAGAGCUUCCAUGAAUAAUUUGAUUAUGAAUUAUUUGGUGACUGAGGGAUUCAAAGAGGCUGCGGAGAAAUUUCAGCAAGAGUCUGGCGUGGGUCCUACAGUUGAACUGAAUUCCCUGGAUGACAGAAUUCGAAUUCGAGACGCUAUACAAAACGGCAGAAUUCAAGAAGCUACAGAUUUGGUGAAUCAGCUGCAUCCUGAACUACUUGAUAAUGACAGAUAUCUUUACUUUCAUCUUCAGCAAUUGCAUCUUAUCGAGCUAAUUCGCACUGGCAGAAUCGAGGAAGCUCUACAGUUUGCUCAGGAGCAAUUAAGCGAAGCUGGAGAAUCAGAUGACAAUAUAUUGAGCGAAUUGGAAAGAACUUUGGCAUUGUUGGCUUUCGACGAACCCCACAAGAGCCCCUUCAGUGAUUUGUUGCACCCAACUCAUAGACAAAAGAUCGCGAGUGAAUUAAACGCAGCCAUAUUAAAAACGGAACACAGAGAGUCAACAAGUCCGCGGCUCAACAACCUCUUAAAGCUUAUAUUAUGGGCACAGGAUGAGCUGGAUAAGAAGAAAAUCAAGUAUCCUAAAAUGACUGAUUUGGGUAGUGCAACAAUAGAAACCCCGAAGUAACUCGGGGUCAGUAAGCAAUGCAAAUUAUUAAAAAUAUAUUUAUUUGAUAAAUUAUUAGACUUACUAGAACUAAUAGUCAUUGUACGAUAUCGAUGUUUUCAUUGUUUUAAACGCGAGAAAUGACUUUUACUAUCACUGAAUAUAUAUAACUUUAUUGAAAUAAUGUUCAAAAGACUUGUCAUUAAGACUUUUUAUUUCAAAUGUACAGGAGAGAAGUAGUAUAUAAAAGAAUUAGAAAAUUGUGAUUACUUGCAAUCCUAUUUGAUUAAGUACCCCUAGUAUUGUUACAAAAUAGAAUAAAAACGUUCUUUCG